AUGCUGGAGAAUGCGGGCUACAGCGAGGAACGGAUCUUCCGCAUGCUCAUGGAGUCGUCCAGCAUCGCUCAGUCGCGGAGGCUCUGUCUGCGUAUCGAGUGCGCGGCUUAA